CUAAUGUUUUCCUAUGUGUCCAUGUACACAUCGUCAUUUACAGGCAGUUGAGUUUACAGUAGUUUUUUUGAAUAGAGAAAACUUGCGUUCAGCAGUAGAUUUUAUCAGCGUUUCAAACGCUUUUAUAAACCUGUCCCCCGCCAUUUUAUAAGCGUUUGCGUUUAGAAGCAUUUUUUAAUUGUUCCAUGUCCAGAUGCUGUCCAGAGUCUUUUUUCAUCAUCAGAAAUGCAUGCAAAGUGUUUUCCAUGUAUUCAAAUGGACCUAGCACACCAGCGCAGUCAGUUCCAGGUUUUGCACGAAGGAAAAAAUGGUAGA